AUGGAUUCUGCGACGCAUCAGCGAGCGCCUCAUGGCAAUGGCGUGUCGCUUGUCAAUGUGUCUCAAGGCCAGCAGUCGCUACCGCCCUUGUCGUCGCUUACCCAUAGCCUCCCAGCAUCGGAGCCAAGUCCGCCGCAUGUCAGACAACAUUCCGAGGCUCGUGAGAACAAUGCUUUGCCGUCGCUCAAUCAUGGCUUUGACACCCGGCUCAGUAUUGAUGCAGGCUCGCAUUUCGACUCUAGACGCAGCAGCGUGGAUAGCCGGGUUAAUGUUGGCAUGGGCCAUCUUAGCCUCCACCCACAGUCACCUUACGACAGUCAGAACCCAUCCCGAGUCUCGCUUGUCUCAAACCUGCAGCAGCAACGAGGCAUCGCAAAUCCCGAAGUGCGACCCAAUGGCACUUCUCCUUUGUCUCCAAGCCGCAGCGGUUCGCGUGCCCAGCACCCCCCGCGACGCGCUCCUGUCAUUACCCCUAACCCCAGGAGCGUAUCUGGCAUGCCAGACCCCACGGCUUCAGCUCCGACGCCCGGAUUUCCAUGGGCUUUUCCCGAUCAGCCUGAUGUCCUCCCAGCACAGGCAGAGUACAAUGGCCCAGUAGCGCAGACAUCAACCAGUGGUGAGUCUAGCAUUACUCGCUCCAAUGUUCCUUCGCGCCAGAAUAGCUUUGCCACGUCGAUCAACAAUAUCCCGAGCACUCAUCAUCACUCGAUGCAACACCGUAGUGUUACAAGCCUGCAAAGCAUGGACCAAACCAGCCCAUUACCUCCUGGAACUGGAAGCUACAGCCGGACACCCGAGCUGCGCGUCAGUCACAAAAUGGCCGAAAGAAAACGCAGGAGCGAGAUGAAGAACUUGUUUGAUGAUCUUAACGCAAUACUUCCCAACUCUCCAGGUAACAAGUCGAGCAAGUGGGAAGUUUUGACCAAGUCCAUUGAACACAUCAAGAUGAUCAAUACUUCGAACCACAACUUGCGUAAGGAUUUGAACCGAUUGCAGCUCGAGGCGGAUACAGCUCGACGGAUGCCCCAGGGGCAGCAGGCACAUCAUGAGACGGAAUCACUACGCCAAGAAGUGACUGCUCUAUGGACUGCUCUCAACCGCCUUGACCCGAACCAUCCUCACAUCUACGGAACAUUUACUGCUAGUCUCGCACAGCAGGGUCAUGCACAGGGUCACGCUGCACCUCGAGCGCCUAGCAACAACGUUCUGCCGCCAUUGCAAAACCAACAACAAGCGCACGCGCAACCGCAACCACAAGCACAGGCUCAGUGGGGAUCACAGCAUACAACCCCGAUGCAGGGUGUUGAAUAUGCUGGUAUGCGAUCCUACGAUCACUCGCAUCGCUGA